UUCGUCUUGCCGUCUAGCCGCGGGAAGCCAGACGGGUAUGUGGGGCAUGAACCCACUAAAAAACCACCCGGUGUUCAUACUCGGCCGCUUUUGUCGGAGUUAUGGGAACAACAAACCUCCACGACUCCGACGCGGCUAUAAUGGUGUUCCUCUCUCAUUCGCCCUUCCAAAACGGAAGGGGAAUGGAGCGAACCCUUACGGGGGGAGCUUCACCGAGCUCGCACUCUCCGUCCAAAAGGGGGAGGCGCACGGAACACAUCGUGCGCCUUCAACCCGGAGGGUCGUAUGCCGGGCAGCGGAAAACCCGCUACCGCCACCCGACCGACCCUCGUUAUGGGGGUAGCAAGUACCGAGCAAAAGCCCGGCGCCUGCGCCCCGGGCGCCGGCGACGGAUGGCCAGGUCGGCAGUUACCUCCCGGUCUCUUUCCGCCGCCUCUUUGCGGAGCAUUACUGACUCCGCAAAGACCUGCAUCGCCGCCCACGACGUCUCGCUGCCGACCAUAGAUCGAACCACAGAAGGCAGCGAGAGGUCGUCUCCAAUGGCAGCACGCAAUAUGGAGCGCUCUUCAGCCCACGCCGAACAACUGUCCAGCGUGUGCUGGGCGUCCUCAUCGGGACAGUCGUCGCAGUGGUGGCACCGGGCAGUCGGUUCCCGACCCGCUAUCCGACACAGAUAUCCUCCGAAACAACCAUGUCCGGAGAGUAUCUGCGUCAGGCGGAACGACAGGACUCCGUGCUGCCUGGCCAACCACUGUAGCAGAACCGGACGGACUGCCCCGAUGGUUCUGCUGCCCGCACUGGGCUCCUCCAGCCUUCCGACCCACUCUAAUGCUGUGCGCUGCCGCAACUCCUCGCGAAGCGCAGUAACUUCACGAGGUGCCAACCGGACGUCCUGAGACCGCGCCUCCUUGCGUUGAAAAUAAAGUGACGCAAGGGCCCUCGCGUCAAUGUCCCAGGGCACACAUCCGGCUAGCACACACGCCGCCUCAUGGGAGA